AUGAAGCGCGUGAGCGUGGCGCUCCUGCUCGCUGCGACGCCGGCCGUCGCGGUGAGCCACGUCGCGCGCGUGCGCGCACCGCGGCCCGCGCACCGCCACGCGCGAGUUGCCUCCGUCGCCGUGGUCGACGUGCGGCAGCGUGGCGUGGGCCUUGGCAGCAGCGCAGCUCGAGGACGGCUGCCAGUGAUGCUGGAGGGCGGUCCGCCGCCGGAGCCUAGCGUCGAGGAGGAGGUAUUUGGCGAGAUGGAGGGCGAGCUCGACCGCUUCGAUCGGCUGCUGAAGCGGCUGCCCACCGUGGCGGUCGGCACGUCGUCCAACGCCCUCGUCGUCCUGUCCUCCAUCUUUGCCUGGUUCGUCACGCCCACGCGGAUUCCGGCGGCGGUGACCGUGGGUGUGGCCGGCGCGGCGGGCAAGCAGGUUGGGGAGAAGCUGCGCAACCGGCGGCGCGCCGUCGUCCCCGCGGCGAUCGCCGAGAUGGUGAACAAGGACGGCCUCAAGCGGCUCGACCGCGCAAAGGUCGCCCGGCUGGCGGAGCGGUACGACGUCCCGCCCGAGCUCUUCGAGGAGCAGCUGCGCGGCGUAUAUGCGCGCUUCCUCGGCGCACUCGUCGACGACGAGGAGGUGGAGCCUUCCGACGUCUCGAAGCUCGCGGCGCUGCGGCGCGGGCUCGGGCUCGGCUGGAAGGCGACCGAGUCGAUCCACGUCGCCGAGGCAGCCUCUCUCGCCGGCGAGGAGGCGCCGGGCGCCGAGCUUCCCGAGCCGCUCUCCAAGCUGCUCUGGGCGUCGAUGACGCUCUUCUCGACCUCGCGCGGCUCUGCCUCAGCAGACGAGCUGCUCUCCACGCUCGGACUGAGCGAGGCGCGCGCGCGCGGAGCCGUCAACGAGGCGGUCGGUCGGUACAACCGCACGCAGACGCCGCUGGUGCGGAAGGCGCUCAACCUGCCGGAGGAGGCGGCGCAGGCGGUGCACCAGGCGAGACCGCAUCGGACGGACGUGUACGACUCGCAGCUGGCGAAGCUCGACCGGCUGCUCGCCUCGGCGCAGUACGGAGAGAGCGAGCGCAAGGCGCUCGACGCCGCCGCCACCCAGCUGGGCCUGCCGGAGCCGCUCGCGCGGAAGCUCGCCCUCGACGCGUACUACGGCUGGCUCCUCGACCUGACUGAGGGCUUCGGCUCGCGGAGCAGCGACGCCAAGGCGGAGCUCGAGCGCUCUGCCGAGCUGCGCGCCUGUCUGCAGCUCGAGCCCUCCGCCGUCGGCGAGCUCUACUCCAACACCGAGAUCGACGCGUCGGUGUUGUCCGCCUGCUGCGACGCCCUCGCGCCCGGCUCGGAGUACGAGGCGAUGGAGACGAUGCAGCACCUCGAGCGCGCGCUCGACGCGCGGCCCGGCGUCGUGGCGCAGAUCCUCCGCACCUCGUGA